AAAAGUUCGUUCAGUCAAAGAUCCGUGUCGUCAGCUGGCGUUUAAUUUCUCUAUUCAUAUCGUGUCGCUAGUUUUUCAAGUUUUUUUCAGAGGAAAAAGGAGAAAAAUUAAAAUUCCUUAUAAAAAGAAAAAUUGUUAAAAAACGAAUGCAGUUGUACGGUUGAAAAGUUUGCCUCGAAAAGAAAAUCUUUAAAACUUUGUAGUUCUAUUGGAAAAAUACAUAAUUUUCGAAUUAAAACUCGAAAAGGUGUUGCUUAACAAAAUGGCGAAAGUGACAAAAAAUUCAAGUGUAUUAGGAAGACGACUACAUUAGUUUUUUUUUUUUGGUUUGGUUUUGGUGUAUGAGAGUGCCAACACAAAUAUUCUUGGGAAUUUGUAGUUGUCGAGGAUUUUUGCACAAUAAAGUAAAUUAACUACACCAAACAACAAUUUCCUUUCUAAAAACGUGGACGUUUUUUCUGCCACGAGUUAGAAGAAGGCAAACGGAAAAAGAAGCACGGUCCGUCCCGUCCGAUUCAUCCAGAGCUGUUGUGAGCGGGCCAGCAGCAGCACACGUCGAACCGCCGCCAACCAGCCAUUGAAUAGUAGAAGUAAAUGUGAGUGACGUAGAGGACAACCCCAUACGGUUUUCUUAAUGAGAAAAAAAUGUCUUGGUCAUUGGUUUUCUGUAAGGGGAUUUCGGAAAUAUUUCCUAAAACGUAAUAGAAAUUUAUAUUCCGUGCACAAAAAAAUAUAUAUCAAAACAAGUGGUGAAGAAUCUUGAGAAAAAAAAAAACUGAAAAAUUCUACAUAUAUACGUCGGGUAAAAGUGCAGCUGUGUUGGAAAAACAUACGAAAGAAGGUUGUGCUAUUUGUUUGCAGAUCUGCGGCAUUGAAUUUGUUAAACAAUAUGUGUUAACAAGGAGUCAUUCCUUUAAUAUAAAACGGAGCAUUCAACAAAUAACCUUCUCAUCAUUAUCGUCCAUCGUUACAACAAAACAUCAAUUGGUGAAUGCGAAACAGAGACACUCAAAACAUAGUACGAGUCUCCAGCGCCCAUAAAUCUGCUACAGAUUAUUGCCAAAUUCAAAGAAAGAAACUAUACAAAAAAUACACUAAAAAAGGUGUAAAAUGCAUAAAAAUCCAAUGAGAAAACGGCGUAAUUAUAAUUUACACAAACUAAAAGUCUACCAGUAUCAGCAGCUUCAAGAAGAGCAACUACUAUUAGACGAGAAAACGUUAAAAGUAAUUCGGAUUAAAUUUGACAAACGAUACAAACGUUAGAAGAGUAGAAGAACACUUUGUGCUAUAUUAAGUCUUAACACUAACUUCAAUAAUUGGAUAAACAAAACACAAUAUCCAAAAUCAAUCAUUCAUCGGAAAUCAUCAAAACUAAUUUACUGACAUUCAUCCAUCCAAAAGAUUACAUCGAUUGGUAAAAAAAGAUUACAUCGAUUUUUAUUAUUGUUGUUGCAAAGCGUCGCGCCGCCUCCCUACUGCAACAACGCUACAUUGAGAAGGCAAAUUUGCACACAAAUUUGGUUUUCAACGUCCCCGGGUUUUAAGUAAAUCUACAAAAGUGAAACCAUUAAAAAUGAUGAAACGUACUCGCGAAGAAGUACAAUAUGGUGCACGUCCGGGUCCGGGUGGAGUCGGGGGUAGUGGCGGUGGAGGAGGGGGAGGUAGUGGCGUUACAGCCGUUGGCAAUGUGGUUACCGGUGGCACAGCCAGUGUAACCACAGGUGCCAUUAACAUAGGCACCGUUGUGCCCGGCACAGGCAAUAUAACGACGGCCGGUUCCAUUGCUCAUCAUCGUAUCUUAACACCGCAACAUGGCGGUGGCCAAACCAUAACCUAUUUACCCUCCAACACUCCGGUAACGGCAACCAAUCUAAAGACAUCUGCGGGUGGAAUUGUGGCCGACAGCAGCGGUGGCAAUACGGAUGGUAGUGCUACCACCGUUACUGGUGGCAUUGGUGGUCGCAUAACACAAAUUGGUGGCAAUACUGUGGUCUCAACUGGCAGUGGUCCGGUGGGUACUGGGAGCGGUAAUCCCAACACAGUUGUUCAACAGCAAACUGUACAAUAUUCAACUUCCUAUAAUGUAGCUUCCAUACCAGCCGGUGGUACACUUAAAACUGGACCAGAUGGUGCGGUACAAAUUCAUGUAACGGGCGGUGCAGCCGGCGCCGUACCUAUUGUUGCCAAUCCCACAGUGCCACAGACAACAAAUUCGGUGCGGCAACGUACCAUAAGUGGUACAACCCAAAGUAGUAACAUCUCAUCUUCGUCACAGACAAUGGUGCAACAAACUUCGGCACAAAGUGGUAGUGGCGGCGGCAGCGGUUCACAAAUAUCAACGGGGCCAUCUUCUGCACCUCAACCCGGACAACCGGGUGCACCACCGCGUCUAAAAGUAGAAGAUGCUCUCAGCUAUUUGGACCAAGUUAAAUAUCAGUAUACCGAUCAACCACAAAUCUACAAUAAUUUCCUUGACAUCAUGAAAGAAUUCAAAUCACAUUGCAUCGAUACUCCCGGCGUUAUACAAAGGGUAUCCACACUCUUCAAGGGUCACACCGAGUUGAUAUAUGGAUUCAAUAUGUUCUUGCCUCCAGGCUAUAAAAUUGAAAUACAUUCAGAUGAGUUGGGCUGUUCGGUUCCGGUGGUAUCGAUGCCUUCACCGCCAGGUUCAGCACCUGGAAGUGGCACCACAGUGCACGCUGUUUCAGGCACCGCCAUGACAAUUGGUCAUAAAAUCGGCAGCAAUGCUGCCAAUCCAACAGUACAUCAAAUGCAAACUGCCACAACUGCUGGUGCAGUCAAUCUGAUGACCCACGGUGGUACGUCACUGUCGCAGACAACAAUUCAUGCCUUACAGCCUCCGUCAGCGACACAACAAUCUCCAAAUCCAGCUGCAGCUGGUGGUGGUCAUACGCCCUCUCAUGUUCCGCCACAUGCCAGUGCAUCGCCAGCACCGGCACAAGUGACCGUGGCAUCAGUAAAUGCCGGAGCACCACCGUCGAAUAUGCCACAGAACUAUUCACGAGAUAGAGAUCGGGGUGGUGUGACAAUGUCAGCAGCGAACCUACCACCCGCGGCAGGUGGCAUGGUUGUUGGUGGGCCGCCUACACCGAAUUCCCUAAACGAUUUAAGUGUACAGGGCCAUCACAAUCUGCAUCAUAUAUCCCAGGCACAUCAAUCAAUGUUGAUGGGUGAAACGGCACCUACACCCGGGGCAGCGCCUCAGCAACCAGUCGAAUUCAAUCAUGCCAUAACCUAUGUUAACAAGAUAAAGAAUCGUUUCCAAAACCAACCCGAAAAGUACAAAAAAUUCCUCGAAAUCCUACACACCUAUCAGAAGGAGCAGAAAGUCAUCAAAGAAGGCUCGACGGGCGUUAAUCAGGGAAAAACUCUUACUGAACAAGAAGUCUACACCCAAGUGGCUAAACUCUUCGGACAAGAUGAAGAUUUGUUACGAGAAUUUGGCCAGUUCUUACCGGAUGCCACGAAUCAUCAAGCUCAACAGUACAUGACGAAGUCGCACAAUGAUCAUAAAAGGGCCACAACAACGGCCUUAAGUGGUGGAGCACACAUAACAAUGUCACCGGCCGGAGGUGGUGUACCAGCUGCUGGUUCGCCUCUACAUUUGAAUAGCGGUGCCACAUUGUCACAAAUCAGUACAACAGCCCAUGCUGCCGCCCUGGCUGCUGUCAACACCAGUGUUAGCCUGAAAACUGCCUACAAUAAUUCCCAACAAAAUCAUGUAUUAAGCAGCGCUGCAGGUGUUGGAGGACGUGGAAUUGAUCCUGGCAGUAUAGGCCCAGGUAGUGUGGGUUCCAGUGCUGGGGGUGAUAUUCUCCUUGAGAAAGAUUAUCGCUCAAAUGUACAUGUUAAUGUACAUCAUCAAGGUGCAGGCGGUGGUGGUGUCGGCGGUCCACAUCAUCUGCCCGGCGGCAAUACAGCAUCGUGUAAUAUUCGAGGAACUUACGAUUCUAAAGACUCACAUCGUAGCAAUCAUCAUGCUUCAGUGGUGACGGGUUCACAGAAAUAUCUUUCGCACCACCAUCAUGGCCACAACCAGGCGGGCCAGGCAAACAUGAGUGGUGGCGUCGCCGGGGGCGUUCACAAUAUGAGUAAUAUGGGCAGCAAUGUGUCGAAGAAAUCACCAAGUUAUGGUGGUCUGGCAUCGGGUAUGCCGCCGGGUAGUGGCAUACCUCCACAUCUUCAAGGUGGCUCAACAAAUGUCUCCAGUUUAAAUUAUGUUUCCUCACCAGGCAACACCUAUCACAAUCAAAUGUCUCAUACAGCCGGAUCCCGCAGGCAUGCCGACGAUAUGAGUGGCGGCGGUGUGGGUGGAGGUUUGGGCGUACCACCAACAAAACGUCACAAACCCAUAUACAGGGAUAUUUCAUUUUCGGAGGCAUCGCGCAAGUGCAGCAUACAAGAUGCUGCCUUCUUUGAUAAAGUGCGGAAAUCACUGCGCAAUCCCGAAGUCUAUGACAACUUUUUGCGUUGUCUCACCCUGUACACACAAGAAAUUGUUUCCAAGACUGAACUCUUAACGUUGGUUACCCCGUUCCUUAGCAAAUUUCCGGAACUGUUUCGUUGGUUUACGGACUUUUUGGGUCCGCCUAUAUCACAGGUUACUGGAGCGAAUUGUGGUCUCACCGGCGGCAGUCAUUCCGAAGGUAUUCCUCUGCAAGCCGCCCAACGACAUGGUGGUGGCACCGGUGUAAAUAGUAGUUCCGGCCUGACAAAGCACGACGGCGGCAGUGGCCUAAGCGAACGUCAAAAUAAUUUGCAAAAUACCGACCAUCAUCAAGAGAUCGAUUUGUCAUCGUGUAAACGUCUGGGUGCUUCCUAUUGCGCCCUGCCGCAAUCGACAAUACCGAAAAAAUGCUCGGGCCGGACGCCUCUGUGUCGUGAAGUGCUCAAUGAUAAAUGGGUGUCGUUCCCAACGUGGGCCAGUGAGGAUUCUACAUUUGUUACAUCGCGUAAAACGCAAUUUGAGGAGACUAUUUACAGGAAUAUUCACAGAACUGAGGAUGAACGUUUCGAACUGGAUGUGGUCAUCGAAACGAACAGUGCAACAAUACGUGUCCUGGAAGGUGUUCAAAAGAAAAUGUCACGCAUGUCUCCCGAAGAUUUGGCCCGCUAUCAUUUGGACGACUAUUUGGGUGGAACUUCGCAAACCAUACAUCAGCGAGCCAUAUAUCGAAUAUAUGGCGAGAAGGCAGGCGAAAUAAUACAAGGUUUGAAAAAGAAUCCCUCGGUUGCAGUGCCCAUUGUGCUCAAGAGAUUGAAAGUCAAAGAGGAAGAAUGGCGGAAAGCUCAAAAGAAUUUCAACAUUCAGUGGCGAGAACAAAACGAAAAGUAUUAUCUGAAAUCUUUGGAUCAUCAAUCGAUUAAUUUCAAGCCGAAUGACAUGAAAGCUCUGCGUUCGAAAAGUCUUUUCAAUGAAAUUGAAACGCUUUACGAUGAGCGCCAUGAUCAGGAAGAUGAAAAUGGUGAACCCAUCACAGGCCCACAUUUGAUCCUACCCUAUAAGGAUAAAACCAUAUUAGAUGAUGCAGCUAAUUUGCUAAUACAUCAUGUGAAACGUCAGACGGGCAUUCAAAAACAGGAGAAAACCAAAAUCAAACACAUUCUGAGACAAUUUGUGCCCGAUUUGUUCUUUUCCACAAGACAGCCGUUAAGUGAUGAUGAACGUGAAGAUGUAUUCCCGUUUUUAAUAGAUGAUAACGACAAAAUGGACGUUGAUUCGGCAACGCCAACUUGCAAACAAGAAAAUAGGAAUAAGACAAAUGUUACAACGUCGUCGUCGUCGUCAACGACCAUAACAUCGUCAAGCUCAGUCUCGUCCGCCGCCGCCUACUCUUCCUGCACGUCAGCAGCAGCGUCUACAGGGGCAACAUCUUUAACAUCCACAACGGCCGCAGCAACAGCCACAACAACAUCAUCAGCAACACUGUCCGGUUUGCCUGCCAUUAAAACUGAAACAGAAGCCAUGGACACUAAAGAGAAUCUUGUACCUCCUUCAACUGUAAUAAAUAAUAAUGCAUUGGCCUCGACUGUGGAACCCUCUGCUGCUGCAGCAGCAACCAGUUCUUCCAUUACAUCGUCGUCUACGCUGGCGAUAUCCACAGCGGCGAUUAUAAGUAGUGAUAAAAACCCCGAGUCCAAAGGUGGUGGUGAUACAUCCAAAGAGUCCAAUAAUGCUGCCUCCAAUAUGUCAGCAAGUACUGCAACUACAGCAGGAGGUGAUACAAUCCCAACAUCCAGUACAUCAUCAAUAAAGGCGACGACGACGCCAUCAGAAUUGAGUACAAAUUUUGCAAAUUGUGAUUCCAAGACUAAUACAACAACAGAAACAACAUCAUCAGCUGUAGCAACACCAUCGGCGUCCACCAGCAGCAGCAGCAGUGGCAUAUCAACAAUAACAACAACUGCUGCUGCAUCAAUGGCCACAGCAACAGCAAUCACAACAAAUCCUCCUCCGUCAUCUUUGUCGUCACCAGCGACAACAGAGAAUUUGACAAAUGCCACCAACACAACUACCGUCGUCUCUGUAGACGGCAUUAAAACUGAAAUCAAAAUGGAGGAUGAGGAAAUGCCCUCAUCGGAUAUCCCAGUACCACCGCAUGCAAUUAGCAAACAUAUGGACGAAGCCUACACCCUCUUUUAUGCUAACAACAAUUGGUAUUUAUUCUUCCGUCUGCAUGCCAUACUCUGCGAACGUUUACGCACCAUGUAUGAACGUGCUCAAAUUAUUGCCGCCGAAGAAGAGAAAUACAAACAGAAUCGUCGCGAAAACAUCGCACAAGCCCUAAGACUGAAACCGAAAUCUGAAGUAGCCGUCGAAGACUACUAUCCAACGUUUCUCGACAUGCUGAAGAAUGUUUUGGAUGGCAACAUGGAUUCGAAUACAUUUGAAGAUCAGAUGCGUGAAAUGUUCGGCAUACAUGCCUACAUCUCGUUUACCCUCGACAAGGUGGUAUCGAAUGCUGUGCGCCAACUGCAGAAUUGUGUCACGGAACGUAUUGCCUUGGAUUGUGUUGAGUUGUUCCAUCAUGAACAGAAGAAGGGUGCGGCCGGUGGUCUGUGUCGCAAUGCGAAUAAAUCGUUCAAUGCUGAAAUGCAUUAUCAGCGCAAGGCCGAAGAGAUUUUGCAUGAGGAGAAUUGCUUUAAAAUAUAUAUUUAUAAGAUUGACUGUCGUGUGACAAUCGAGUUAUUGGACACGGACAGCGAUGAUGUGGCCGAACGUGAAAAACCUGUAAAUAAAGUUAAAUCAUGGUCGAAAUAUGUCGAUCGUCUGACCAAUCCAACAUCGGCCAAUAGCAGCCACAGCAAUACUAAUGCCAAUUCGCCAAAUUCAUCCAGCAACAACAACAAUAACAACAACAAUUCAUCAUCGAACCUAGAUGCGAGCAACAAUCUAACAAACAACGAAAUUAAAACCGAAAGAUGGGACGAAGAUGGUUUGGACAUGCAUGCACCACGAAAACCAAGAUUUUUGAAACGUAACAAGCGUUUGGCCUAUUUGAAAGCAGCAAAUCAUUUGAACAUGUUGAGGGAAACUCCACCAAAUACUGGAGCAGGAGGAGGUGGAGUGGUGGCAAGUGGCUCAAAUGCUGUACCAGGUGGUGUCAUUUCCUCCUCUUCCUCGUCGGCAAACGAAAAUAUUUCCACCAGCAAUAGCAACGAUGUGCUGAACAGCAGCUUCUGGAGUAAACGACCCCCCGAACGUUUGGGCAAUCUGCGACUGCCAAGCGAAAAAUAUUUCAUAAAUGAUCGUGAUGAGAUCAAAUUGAAUGCCUCGGGUCGUCAAGUUUUUGUCAUCAAUAAGAAUCUCAAAUUUUUCAAAUUGGAUUCUGUGAGAAAAGCAAAAAUGUGUCACAUGCGUGUCACCCAAUCCAAAUAUAAACGUUUCCAACAGUUUGCCCAAAAUUGGCUAAACACCAAUGUCAGCGGAGACCAGCAGCAGCAGUGCAACGAAUGGCUAUUGGGCAAUUCCAACAACAUCAACACUUCUGCUGCUUCCAACAACAAUAGCAUGUCUAUUCCAAAAACCCUAAUGAUAAUACAAAACGAUUUGAAAAAGACACCAUAUCAUCCAUAUCAUCGGUAUAAGGUAUUAAAUGUGACAACUGGAACAACGCCGGGCAGUAUUGCUGCAGCAGUGGCUGCCAUUGGCGCUGCCGGUGGUAUAUCUACAAAUAUCAUAACCACAUCAUCAUCCUACAAUACAACAAUAACAAAUGCAAUUAGUGCAAAUUCAUCGUUGGCCCCGACAGCGGCUUCGACGGCGGCUGUGACAUCAAUGGCUGGUGGCAACAUCAUGGCUGGCAGUGCUGCAGGUGUUAAUCUGACAACAUUGGCCAAUGUAACGACCCUUAAUGUGGUGGGCACCGGCGUGCCAUCAACGGUUACAAUUAAUGAUGGUAGUGGUGGUGGGGGUGGUACCACCAUUACAUCCUCCUCAUCUUCGACAACCCCCAUUUUAUUGGCAACUACAAAUUACAAUAGUGUGGAUGGCAUCAUACAAUCAACAUCUGUGUCGGCGGCUGCCGCGGCAUCAGCAUCAUCCCAAGAACAACCUGCCCAGGUUAGACCCUUGGAAAGCUAGAAGAAAUAAAUUAGUGAAAUAAACACCCUAUCCAAAUUGUUAAUGUAAACUUGUAAAUAGAUUGUAAUUGCAUUUUGAAUCCCAAACAUUAUUUUAAGCGAAAAAAAAUAUUUUGAAGCUCAAUAUUCUGUUGUUUUUUAGAAAACCUAGCAAAAUUGAAAUGGGAAUUUCAAUCUACUAUAAUUUCAAACCUCAAACAACAAUCGCAAUAGAAUCACCACACAAUCUGCUGGACAAAAAGUUGUUAAUAAAUUAACUAUGAAUAUAAGCGUUUUUAUACCCAACACGAACUCCACCACCACCAGCUCCACCAGACACCCAAGUAGUGUGCAGGCUAGAUUUACUUGUUUCUUUCGUCGUGUAAAAAGUCACUAAAUAAUAAAAAUUAUAAAUAAAUAUUAUUCAAAAUGUUGUUAAUGCAAAGAAAAAUAUUUAAUUUUCUUUUCAAUAUGAUUUUUUAGAUUCCUUCCUUUGUAGAUCUUAAAUGUACUUGUAAAAAAUUAUGCAUACAUUCAAAAAACUUAUAUAAUAUACUAACUACCACAAGCCGAAGUGGGCCACAUAUGUUGAUAUGUACACAUAGGCGGCCCCACUUUGCUCUUCUCUUCUUUUUAGCUAUCAUAGAAAUUAGACUUAGGUGUUUUUAUAUGAAAUGAAAUUGAUGAAAAACAAUCAAAUCCUCUGCUCCAAGAAAAACAAGAAAAGGAAAAGAACCACCACCCCACACACCCAGACAAAAAAAGUAACUAUAAAUAAUUCUUAGCAUAAGUUUUAUUUAAGGAAAGAUUAGGAUAUAUGAUUUCCUUUCUUUGCAAAAAUAAAAUUGUUAGGUAUUACAAAUAAAUAAUCGUUUAUAGAGUAUUUCAGAGUAAUAAACACAAUAACAAUAAACACAAGAAAACCUUCAAUCUACCACUUACUUGUAGCUAUUAUAUUAUAUAGUUCUAAUUACAUUGUUUUUUUUUUCUUUCAUUAAGUUUAAUUCUUAUUUGUAUUGCUAUUUACUAUUAUCAUUAAUCUAAUUAAUCUAAUAUAUUACUCUUGUAAAUGUUAUCAUUAAUUCCUUAGAAUUGAAAUAAGGAUAUGAUUAUAAAUUUAUAUAUAUACAUAUUAUGUAUAUGUUAUUUCAUAUAUAAAUAUAAUAAAAAUAUAUAUUGAGAAAAAUGAGAUAAACAACAAUUAUAGUUUAAAGAAAUAAAAACAAAACUACACACACAAAAUAAACAUUUUAACAUUUUUGUAAAAAAAA